CACCGUCUUCUCUUUUAAGAACACAAUCAAACACCCUGCAAACCCUGCAAAACGAAAACAGAAACGGUUCAAACUUGGCCGGAGGCUAAAAUACCGGAGACCAAAAAAAUGGGAAAGAACGAGAAAACACGACUUGGAAGAGCACUAGUAAAGCACCACAAUCAAAUGAUUCAAGAAUCCAAAGAAAAAGGCCGGUAUUACAAAUCACAACACAAGAAAGUUCUCGAAUCCUUCACUGAUGUCACUGAAAUAGACGCCGUCAUGGAACAAGUCGACGAAGGGGAACUUUUCUCCUCCUCCUCCUCCUCCGUCCACCAUCCCGUCCCCAACCUCCUCAUCAACCUGGACACGGGGUCUGGAGUGAGUGAUAUGACGGCAGAAGAGAAGAGAGAGAAGCAGAAGAAAGAGGAGGCGCUGCAUGCUAGUAGUCUUCGAGUUCCUCGCAGGCCGCCGUGGAAUGCUGGAAUGUCGGUGGAAGAGCUAGAUGCUAAUGAAAAGCAAGCUUUUUUAACCUGGCGGCGGAGUCUUGCUAGCCUUGAGGAGAAUGAGAACCUUGUUCUUACUCCAUUUGAGAAGAACCUGGAUAUAUGGAGACAGCUUUGGCGAGUGCUUGAACGCAGUGAUUUGCUGGUAAUGGUUGUUGACGCUCGAGACCCCUUGUUCUACCGCUGCCCUGAUCUUGAGGCAUAUGCACGGGAGAUUGAUGAACACAAAAGGACCCUACUCCUUGUAAACAAGGCUGAUCUUUUACCUUUUUCAGUCAGGCAGAAAUGGGCAGAUUAUUUUCGCCAUCUUGGGAUUCUGUUUCUAUUCUGGUCAGCCAAGGCUGCUACUGCAGUUCUUGAGGGGAAAAUACUACAGGGCCCCUGGAAUGAACAAGCUACCCUGCAAGAGAUGGAUGACCCUGAUACAAAAAUUUAUGGAAGGGAUGAGCUUUUGGCCCGUUUACAGUCUGAGGCAGAAACAAUAGUCAGAAUCAGGAGCAAAUCAGUCUCCAGUGGCUCAGGCCCAUCUAAUUUUCAGUCUUCUGGCGGAAAGUUUGCAGGCAAUUCAGCUCCCAAGCAUGUGGUAGUGGGUUUUGUUGGGUAUCCGAAUGUGGGUAAAAGCUCCACAAUCAAUGCCUUGGUGGGCCAGAAGCGAACAGGAGUCACCUCUACUCCGGGGAAGACAAAGCAUUUCCAAACACUCAUAAUGUCUGAGAAGUUGACCUUAUGUGAUUGCCCAGGAUUAGUUUUCCCUUCCUUUUCAAGCUCGAGAUAUGAAAUGAUUGCUUCAGGGGUGUUGCCAAUUGAUCGAAUGACAGAGCACAGGGAGGCUGUGCAGGUUGUAGCAAACCGAGUUCCAAGGCGUGUCAUUGAGGAUGUCUACAAAAUAAACCUGCCAAAACCUAAGCCAUACGAGCCUCAGUCCCGGCCUCCUUUGGCAUCAGAAUUAUUGAGGACAUAUUGUGCUUCUCGAGGGUAUGUAGGAUCCAGUGGAUUGCCUGAUGAAACCAGAGCUGCCCGUCAAAUUCUGAAGGAUUACAUCGAUGGGAAGCUAACUCACCAUGAGAUUCCCCCGGGAAUAUCUGAUGAGGAAGGAAGCGAUCAAGAUGAUGCGGGUUCCAGCUUGUCCGAAACACACCAGUCAGAUUCAUCUGAUACUGAAAACCCAGCUGAAAAUGAUGGCAAAAAUACACCUGCCCUUGAGCAUGUGCUGGAUGAUCUUAAUUCAUUUGACAUGGCCAAUGGACUUGCCCACAAGAAGGUUACCGUUAAGAAGCCAAGUGCCUCAGCCUCAGCCUCGCACAAGCAUCACAAGAAGCCUCAGAAGAAAAAGGAUCGAUCAUGGAGGAUUGAAAAUGAUGGUGGUGAUGGAAUGCCGGUUGUAAGAGUCUUCCAGAAAUCGGUGAACACAGGUCCUCUCAAGACUGGGUAAGGCAACAAAUAAGCGCAGGUAUUUAUAUUACCUCCCCCUUUAUCAUUCUUGUCUCUCCUGUCGUUGCUGCAUAUGUAUGGUCGACGGCUUGACGCCUAGAGGUCAGCUCUGUGACAAAGAGGGGCAAGGAAAAGGAAAGAGUAGCUUGAGCACUAGUGUUAUCAAAGUCUGUAGAGCUCCUGCGCGUCUGCAAAAAGCGAUAGAUUGAUUAUAUUUCUAUGAUGCGAAUUGGUCGUAAAAUACUUUUGUAUUUUGUACCCAGCCUCUUAUGCAUUUCAACCUCAACGUUAAUUUGUUGGAAACAGAUAGUGCUAUUAUAUGGUGUUUUGCAAGGAAAAAAAAAAACUAUUUUAAGUAA